AUUGGUAGCUUGGGUACAGUGGUGCUAUCACUGUGCUGCUGAGUUGCGCUUUGGCUAUCAUCACCUUACAUCUACAGCAGGAGUCCAACAAGGCGAUCCACUGGGACCACUGCUGUUCUCCUUAGUCGUCCUAGAACUAAUGGAUGAAGUUGGAGAAGUGCCUGGCUUAGACCUAAAUUUGUGGUACCUUGACGAUGGUACUUUUGCUGGCACACGGAAAUCUGUCUCAAAGUUAAUAAACUUCAUCAUAGAGAAAGGUCCUUCCCUGGGCCUUCAUGUCAAUUUAUCAAAGUGUGAAGUGUUUUGGCCUUCAGGAGAUCGAACACAUCCAGAAUUUCCACCAGAAGUACACCGGUUGUCAGAUGGAAUGGAAUUGCUUGGUUCUCCUGUGUUUGGUUCAUCGGAUUUCUUCACUAAUUGUUUCAAGAAGCGAGUCGAUCAAGUAGCAAAUACCCAAUCUCAUCUCUCUGAUCUUGAAAAUCCACAAGUGGAACUUCAGUUGUUGAGAAGUUGCCUGUCCAUAUGUAAAAUCAACCAUUUGCUACGAUCUGUGAGACCUGGGGUUGCUACGAGCACAUUGUCUAUUUUCGAUGAAGGGUUACGCCGAUCUCUCAGCCGUAUCACAAGAUCUUCAAUUUCUGACUUUGCAUGGUCACAAGCAGUAUUGCCAAUUGGAAAAGGAGGUGUGGGUAUCCGGGAGGCCUUAUCUACUUCACCUUCCGCUUUUCUUGGCAGCUGUAACUCAAAUCGAAAGUUAGUUAAUUGCUUACUGAAACGUAACCAUCCUUCUCUUCUCACUUUGAUCAAACCCUUGCCUGGAGAAGACGAAGCACGAGGAAUCGUGCAUAACCUACUUUCAAGAAAGGAUUCACCUUCAUUAGAUUUGGUGACAGCUACACAACAUCAGAUUCAAAUUCAACUAGAUGACAUCUCAUUUUCCAACCUACUCAAUUCAGUGAGUCUCAGAGAUAGGGCUCGCUUGAAGACAUUAUCAUCUCCUCAUACUGGUGCAUGGUUGCGGGCAACUCCAAACCGUAACUUAGGCCUCACCAUGUCACCCCAUGAGUUUGUUGUAGCAGCAAGAUACUGGUUGGGUCUACCUGUGUUUCCGUUCCCACCAAACAGCAUCAGAUGUAUAUGUGGUCAUCCACUUGACCCAUAUGGAGAUCAUCUUGUUGGGUGUGGUCAUGGUCCACAUCGUCUGAAUCGACAUAAUGCUUUAUGUGAGUCUAUUUGGCAAUCACUCCUCAUUGAUUCCAAACAAGUUGUGAAAGAACAGAGAAGCUCGGGUCAAUCCAAAUGCCGCCCAGGUGAUGUCUUCCAUCCGAAUUUCUUGAAUGGACGGCCUGGAUAUUUUGACAUCACUGUAAGAAACACGUUGCAACCAUCUUACAUUGCUCGAGUUGCUGAAACAUCAGGAGUUGUUGCAGAAGCAGCAGAAAUGGGCAAGGAUGAUCGUCACCAUGCAAGAGUAUCUUUGACUGGUGGUACAUUUUAUCCGUUGGUAGUUGAAACACUUGGCCUUUGGUCACCAGACAGUCUAGAGACUUUGAAGUCUAUAUCCUCAAAAGUAUGUGCUGUGUUAGCUGUUCCCUUCUGGAAGGCUUUAAAGAAUUUGCUAGAGCAGCUUUCUGUUAGAUUAUGGAUUUAUAACGCUAGAAUGAUAUCUAGCCGCAUACUUGCGGAAGUAGCUGAAGUCCUUAGUUGGGACUUCCCUGUAUGUGAGUAGGUGUGUAAGAAAUAAAUAAAUAUAUAUAUAUAAAAAA